AUGGCCGCCGACGCUCCUCCGACGCACGAGUACUUCUCCGGGAAUGGCCAGCAAAGCCUCUAUCCGCAGCAACAGGAUUUUGCUCGCCUCGGUCAGUUCAAUCCCCAGCAGCAGCAACAGCAACAGCAGCAACAACGAUGGGCCGCCGCUCAACAACAGAUGCGCGCCAACCAGUACGCUGCUGCCAUGAAGCAAAAACAAAUGGCCGCUGCCUUGCAGGGCAUGCGACAGCCCCAGGGCCAGUUCCCUCAACAGCAGUUCAACAACUAUCCCCAGUCCGCAUUCAAUCAGCAACAGCAACAGCAGCAACAGCAGCAGCAACAGCAGCAGCAACAGUUUGCCUUUAACAACCCCCAGCAGUCCAUGAACCCAGGCACUCCGCGUGACCAGGGGUUCCCCAACAACGUCCAACGCGAUUUUUCCACCCCCCAGCGCGACUUUAGCGCCGCUAGCACGCCUCAACGAGACUUUAGCGGUACGCCCGUCAAUGUCCCCCCGAGAGAGUUUUCAGCGACGCCCGCCCCCGCGCCUAACCGCGACUUUUCGGGCACUCCGCAGAACCAAAUGGGCACUCCGGUUCCUUCGCGCAUGGGAGGAACACCAGGGCCGAUGGGUACACCCGCUCCUGGACAACGAGACCUCCCUACUGGCACCCCUGCGCCCCAACCUCACGCUUUUCUGCCCAAUCGAGGCAUGACGGGCACACCUGGCAUGGGUGGCCAGAUGAACAUGCCCCAUCCCGGCUCACGCACUGGUACUCCUAUCGUCCGACCGGGCACGGCCAUGAGUGGUGGUGGGGGCUCCUUUAGUGACUCUGGUCCACAAGCUCAACAGGGCAUGCGAGCCAGCCAGCCCCCUCCGACGCCCAAGAUGGGCAUGGGGCCUGGAAUGGGCAGUCUCCCAAAUGGCAUGAAUAUACCAAACAUGCCCAACAUGGGGAUGAAUAUGGGCAUGCAGUCGAACAUGAUGCCCGGAAACGCUAUGAACGCCAUGGGCUUGCAGAAUAAUAUGAACAUGGCUAACAUGGGCAACAACGCUAUGGGUUUGUCUGGCCAGAAUCCGAUGGGCGGAAUGCCUGGCGCUAGCAAUAACAUGGGUAUCCCUGGAGCGAACAAUGCGAUGGGAAUGCAGCCCAACGCUGGUAUGGGCCUUUCGAACGCUGGUAUGCCUGGCGGAAAUAUGCCAGGAGCAAACAACAUGGGUAUGGCCGCCAACAACAAUCAUAUGAUGUCUGCGAACAACCCGAUAGCCAUGUCCGCGAACAAUGCGAUGGGUAUGCCUGGUGCGACGAACCCGAUGGGCAUGCAAGCCAACAACCUCGGUAUGAACAUGUCCAGUAUGAUCUCCGGCGCGAAUGGACUCAAUAUGACGGGCCCAAACAACCUCAAUAUGGCCGGCGGGAAUAACCUCGUUAUGUCCGGGGCAGGAGGGAUGAACAUGCCUGGGGCUGGUGGGAUGAACAUCCCGGGAGCGGGAGGAAGCAAUAUGGGCAUGCCCGGUGCAGGAAACAUGAAUAUGGCCGCCGCUGGAGGCAUGAACCUCGCCGGACCUGGUCCGAACAAUAUGGCUCUUCAAGGCAACAAUAUGGCCAUCCAGCCUCCGAACAUCUCUAUCCCGGGGGGCCCGCCUAACCUUACCGGAAAUAACAACAACAAUAGCCCUACCAAGCCAAUGGGACUAGGAAUCAACGUCGGCGCUGGAUCUUCCAACGCGCUCGGAAUGGGUGGAAUGAUGCAAGUCAACGGAAUGAACAUGAUGGGUCUCAACGGAACGCCCACUCGACCCACAGUUACGAACCCCGUUCCUGCCUUGCCCGGUGCAGUCGCCACCUCUCCCACAAAGCUCGGUCGACGAGUCGUCUCGGGCCCUCUUCCUCCCUCUCCCAUUAAACCUCCUGCCCCGUCCUCACUCCCCCUUCCGGCCGGCGCGAACCCCCAGACGACGCUCGUCACGGCUUUACCUCUCCUCAAGGACGAAAACGACGUUACGCACGGCGGCGCCCUGCCCCCUGUCAGAGAAGACGAGAUGAAGGAUAUCAAAGGGUGGAUGUCUCGAGACGCCGCGUUUCAAAAGGUCUAUGCCAAGGUCAGCGAAUACAGGACAGAGGAGGAAGCGAGCUUGCGCCACGCCCGGCAUGCGUGGUGGGAGGCGGACGAACAUGCCGGUAUGCUCGGGAUGGCUGGGAAGUUCCAGAUCUGGUGGCCUGCGGAUCAUAAGAAGAUGAAGGACAGGAAGAUGAAGGCCCUAGGCAGAAAAGAGUCGGAUGUGGCAAAGAUUGCGAGGUCCGGACCGAUGAUCACCCAGCUCGAGCUGUUGGUUCCUAUUCGAUUGGAGAUCGACCAUGAUCACUAUCGGCUCAGGGAUACUUUCACUUGGAAUUUGAAUGAUCCUGUCAUCACGCCCCAGAUAUUCGCUCAAUGCCUUUGCGACGAUUAUCAAAUCCAGUCUAAUGCUGUUGUUCAGGCUGUAGUGAAAUCGAUCACCGAACAACUCCAAGAACACCGCGCGCACAUUGUCGAACCUGCGUCCGCACCCAAACGAGACGAAAUGCGAGGAGAGCUCACCGAAAAGGGCGAAGAGUGGUGGGCGAAAUGGAGGCGACGAGAGAUCGAGGAUGCGAUUGACGUCGACGUGGAGCCCGAGGACGAAGACAAAGACAAGGAGAAAGAGAUGAACGAGGAACUGCGGGUUCUAGUCAAGGUCGAUGUGAUUGCAGGCACGAUGAACCUGACUGAUCAAUUCGAGUGGGAUAUCAACGAUCCCCACAAUUCCCCGGAGGAAUUUGCCGAGGUGUAUUGUAAAGAACUGGGCCUUGGCGGAGAGUUCAAGACGGCGGUAGCGCACAGUAUUCGCGAACAGGUGUCAGUCUAUCAAAAGUCCUUGUUCCUUGUUGGACAUCCCUUUGACGGCACGCCGAUUGCGGACGACGAGCUCAGAACGGUCAUGCUUCCUCCGAUUGAUCAUUCCUUCCGAUUCGACCGAACUCUGCUCGAGCAAUUCACCCCUCAACUCAACGUCCUACAAGAGGGAGAAAUCGAACGCAACGAGCGUGAGCGUGAAAAGGAGCUCAAGCGUAAGCGCCGUCAGACCCGUGGUCGUCGCGGGAUCGUCCUUCCCGACCGGGACUUGCAAAAGACUCAUCGCACGCCCAUCGGGUUCGCCGAAAUGGAAGUGUCGCCCGCCCAGCAAGCCGCCCAGCAGCCUGCCCCGGUCACGUUCCGCCGUGCGGCCGCUGCCGCCGCCUCGCUUACGAUUGCCAAUUUGGCUGCGACCGAGAACGGAACUUCGCCCGUGCAAACCCCGAUGCAUAUUCCCGAGAAGCAGCCCGUGCUUAUGCAGCAGCAGCCUCCCCCACCUAUCCAGCCCCCGAAACAGAAACAAAAGCGGACGGGAGUGUUGCAGCCCCCACCAUUGCCCAAGCAUAUCUUUAUCUCUCGCAGCGCGGAUGCGGCGCCCUCGACUGGGCUGGACUCGGACGAGGCUGCGGCGGCACGCACCGAGUUUGGAGAUGCUGCCCCCGAAGGACCUCCAAGCCCCACUGGAGAGGAAGACGGACAACAGGCGAUGCUCAAGCGAGUGCUCGAAAAGGGCGAUGUGGAGUCGACCGAGGGGUUGCAUCCGAAUAUGAUUGACGGGACCUGGCAUUGCUCGAACUGUGGAUGUCCCGAGUCGGUCUCGGUUGGAAGGAGAAAGGGCCCGCUGGGCCAAGGAACGAUGUGUGGCGAGUGUGGCAAAUUCUGGCACAAGCACCGAAAACCUCGACCGGUCGAAUAUACCACCAACAUCGAGCACCAUCUCAACCUCAAAAAGCUCGCCAAGGCCAAGAAACGUGGAGUCAAAGCCAACGUCAAUACCAACCCAUCUCCAUCCAAGCCUCCGAGUGGUACACAAGCUGCCAAUGGGCGAGACUCGCUGUCUCCUUCGCCCCCACCUCAAAAAUCUGUGCUGCUCGAACCCGGAUCGCCGGAUUCGACGGUUGGCGCUGAUAGUCCCAAGGCUGAGCCACCUAGUCUCAGCCUUCCUCCACCUGUUGAGGAGCAGAAACCGGAUACGACGCCGGCACCGGCAGAUGAACCAUCUCAGUCUUCUGUGGCCCCUCCCGAGACGAAUGGAAAGAGAGAGUCUCCCUCAGCUGCGUCUCCCCAUUCGCAGGUAUCUUCUCAAACAAGAGAUGGUAUUCAGUUGCCUAGUUGGAUCUUGGACUGUCUUGCCGCUACUCAGCGACGAUAUGUUAAUGAUCGUAUCGAUGUUAUAGCCAAACCUCGAGCCAACGAGAAUGAAGCGCCUGCAUUUAGACUCAAGUGCCUUGAUUGCCCUGGAAAGCUCUACACCCCUGGGCCCGACCAAACACUAUCCAAUUUCGAAGUCCACCUGAAGAACCGCGCGCACCGAGCCAACGUCAAUAAGCGCGUUACCGCCGAAGCCAUCGCAGCUGGCCUCCCAGUUCCCGACUUGCGAAGGGUAACUCCUCAGACCACUCCGGCCCCUGGCUCAGCUCCCACCUCGACUGCCGCCCAAGCACCCAACUAA